UUUGGGACAGAUAGAAAUCCAGUGAAAUUUCAUAUCAUGGAGAGCAGUGCUCUUGAGACCCUGGAGUUCCUCUGGAUGCACCCAGGAGAGACCCCCGGGUUUCAUAGAGUGCUUUCUAAACCAGUGGUGAGUUAAUUGCAUGUAUCUAACUCUAGUUAGACUGGGAGUCAAGAAGUUUGUGACCAGAGACUAGAUCUUCCUUCCCAUCGCUUGAUUCCAGACUUCUGGGCAGGAGUGUGGAAACAGACAUUAUCCCAAACAGGAUUUUCCGUGUUUGAAGGAUUCAAGUAGAUAAGCCAACGGUGCUGAGGCGGUGAGUAAUAGCCUUUGACGGGGAGCCCCUGGGCAGAGAGGGCAACUGCGGCUGCUCUCUGGGGAGAAGCAUGCUGCCCAUGCCCGCAGGAGGCCGGGCUCCUGCUCCGCUCCCGCUCACCAUGAGGGCUGUCCUCAUCCUGAGCUUUCUCCUGGCAGCAACCUUGAGCCAGAAGAUGUUCAGUGGAGACCAGGUUCUCCGAAUCAAAGCCAAGGAUGAGAAGCAACUCCAAUUACUCAGGGAUCUAGAGGACUCAGAAGACCUGAAGGUUGAUUUUUGGCAUGCUCCAGCCAGGCCCAGCCUCCCUGUGGACAUGAGAGUUCCUUUUUCUAACCUGAAAAGUGUUAAGAACUAUCUCAAUUCUAGUGGCAUCUCCUAUACCAUCAUGAUUGAGGACGUACAGGUGCUGCUAGAUGAGGAACGAAAAGGCAUGACUGCCUCCCGGAGACUGGAGAGGAGCACUAGUAGCUUCAGAUACAACUCUUACCACACUCUAGAGGAGAUCUACACCUGGAUGGACGACUUUGUGGCAGAGCAUUCAAACCUGGUCUCAAAAAUUAUGAUUGGUCAAACCUUUGAAAAACGUCCCAUUUUUGUGCUGAAGUUCAGCACUGGAAACAAAACCCGGCCGGCCAUCUGGAUUGACACUGGCAUUCACGCUCGGGAGUGGAUCACCCAAGCAACAGGAGUCUGGACAGCCAUGAAGAUCGCCACGGAUUAUGGGGAAGAACCAGUGCUGACCGACGUCUUGAACCACAUGGACAUCUUCCUUGAGGUUGUCACCAACCCUGAUGGGUUUGCUUAUACCCACAGCAUGAACCGUCUGUGGCGCAAGAACAGAGCUAUCAACCCAAAUUCCACUUGCAAGGGGGUAGAUCCCAACAGGAACUGGCGCUCUGGCUUUGGAGGUGCUGGUUCUAGCAACAACCCCUGCUCGGAGACUUAUCAUGGGCCCUUCCCUCACUCUGAGCCAGAGGUGGCCUCUAUCGCAAACUUCAUCCAGAAACACAAGCAUUUCAAGGUUCUGAUCUCCAUCCACAGCUAUUCCCAGAUGCUUCUGUAUCCCUAUGGCUACAGAAAGGAACCUACUCAUGAUAAUGAGGAGCUGGAUAACCUUGCCCGUGAUGCGGUAGAAGCUCUCUCCCAAGUGCAUGGAACUGAGUAUGUCUAUGGGAGAACCAUCAGCACCAUCUAUGUGGCCAAUGGGAUCACUAUCGACUGGGCCUACGAACACGACGUUAAGUAUUCCUUUACCUUUGAGCUUCGGGACACUGGGAUUUAUGGCUUCUUACUGCCAGCCAGUCAGAUCAUCCCUACGGCUGAAGAGACAUGGCCAGCCAUCCUGACCAUCAUGAAGCAUGCCCGCGAUAACCCCUACUAGCAACUCUGUGUAGGCUCAGCCUGAGGAAGUAGCUUCCUUCAAAACCUGGGCCUAUCCCCAGAGCCAGAGUUGCACCUUCCCUUGUCUCCACAUCUACCCAACCUCCCCCUGUUUUUUCUCCUUCAAACAAUAAAAACAAGU